AUGAAAAGUUUACUGCCAGAUCAAAUUGAAAAGCUUACCAAGCAUCUUCCACCAAGAACAACUGGCUAUCCAUGGACUCUUGUUUAUGGUACUGGAAAACAUGGCACAAGCUUGAAAACUCUUUAUCGAACAAUGACAGGUUUAGACACCCCAGUGCUGAUGGUGAUUAAAGACAGUGAUGGACAGGUUUUUGGUGCGUUAGCAUCUAAGCCAUUUAAAGUGAGUGAUGGCUUUUAUGGUACUGGAGAAACCUUUGUUUUUACAUUCUGUCCAGAGUUUGAGGUCUUUAAGUGGACAGGAGAUAGUAUGUUUUUUAUCAAAGGAGACAUGGAUUCACUAGCUUUUGGUGGUGGAGGAGGAGAAUUUGCCCUUUGGCUUGAUGGAGAUCUCUACCAUGCAAGAAGCCAUUCUUGUAAAACGUUUGGGAAUCGUACACUUUCUAAGAAGGAAGAUUUCUUUAUCCAAGAUAUUGAAAUCUGGGCUUUUGAAUAAAUACAAUGCUCUCUGUCUUAGCAGGAGAAUGGCCCAAACCUGACAUGGACAAGCAUUAUUUGGAAAGUUCA